AGACUGCGGAAACUUUUUCACGGAACAAAGUAAUUUGUAACUUACUAGUGACUGUAUUCGGCCGGGCUAGCGCUAAAUGUGGGAGCCAGACAUUUAAGUCCGUAUUCAUCGGUCCGAGCUGACAGGAAGUUUGAAACUAUGGCUGACAGCCGAGAAGAGGAGAAACGAGAAGGAGACCAGGAGCCUCAGGGCGCCGUGGGUGGGGAAGAUGUCAUCGAUGAUCCCAUCCUGGAACAAGGAGCGGUGGUCCUUAGAGGAUAUGUGAUUGAACGUAUAAACACGGAGGAGCCCGGUCGACACGUCUCCUCUGAGGAGCUGGGCGGAAGGCCAAAUGAACUCCAGGAUCCACAAAUCAAAGAAGUGGUGGAACAGCUGCUCAAGAUUGCAGAUGACUUAAAUAGGAAUGCCGAGUUCCAGCGACUGAUCAACCAGGUUCAAGGCAACUGUGCUCAGGACAUCUUCAUGAAGGUGGCCAGGAACAUCUUCGCUGAUGGCAUCAACUGGGGUCGAGUGGUGGCUCUCUUCCAUCUGGCCUACAGGCUGAUAUACAGGGCACUGACCACCAACCAUGUAGACACCAUCAGAACAGUCAUCAGCUGGGUUCUCCAGGUCAUCAGAGAGCAGCUCUACACCUGGCUCGUACAGCAGGGAGGCUGGCAGGGGGUCAUCUGUACUUUUUCUCGGUGGAGGACAGUAGCUGUAGUAGCAUCAGUUGUAUUGGUGGCAUCUUUUGUUUACUACAGAAAGACCCGCUGAGAGCACCAGACCACUCAACCUCACAACCCGGGCUGCCGUCUGAUCUCCGGGAAAACGCAGUUUUUUAACAAAGGCAAUUUCUGGACAUUAAUCACAGCUACUCCUCAUCAACCUCCUCAUUAACCAGAGGAGGUCAAGUACAAAAGGGGGGGGACCUCCCCUUUUCUCAGGUUUUCAAGAACAAAAAAAAAAAGAGCAUUUCCAGCUUGUUGUCUACCAGGCAUAUCCGUCAUCCUUCACCAGCAACUAUUCAGGACCUUCCAUGGAAUCACAAGCUGCUGCAACAGCUGAUGUCAGAAGAUGGUGUUUAUGAAAACGGGACAUAGCUGUAGAUGUCUUCACUCCAAAACCCUACCCGAACCAGGUCUCAAAUCCACAUCAGUUCUUGGUGAGGUUAAACUUCAAAUUUCUCCAGGUCUUGGGUGUGAGCACGACCUGAGAGGACAUGAAAGACGUCAUAUGCUGCGUCAGAAGUCCGCCGAUCAAAAUUCAACAAAUUACUUAGACACAUGUGGGACCAUGCUGUGAUUUGGACAAGAACAUUUUUAACAACGCUGACGUAGGAUUUACAGGUGUGGUUAUGUAAUAAUCUUUGCAAGCGGUGUUAAGAAGGUUAUCUUGUCUUUCUGUGGUCUUGCUGUUGUAUGCAAAUGUAGCAGAUCACGCGAUGCAUGUGACAGUUGUCAGACACCAGGGGCCUGUACCACAAAGCGAGUUCAACAUACCCAGGAUAUGUUUUCGUUAUCUGGCUUAACUAACCCUAACAAUCGCUGGAUAAGCUGUUAGACAAAGCUGGUUACCAACUCGGUAAGUCAACCCAGGGUUUCCCAGACCAGCCGUGAGCGUGUUCACAUAAAAGAGGCGGUGUUGGGCAAGAACAAGUCCACUGGCAGCAGAGCAUCAUAUUUUACGAACGAAGAGCAAACUCUAAUGCCUAAAUGAACCGGCGUAGUCCAUACUAAUGCAUUGACUUGACUUUUUUUUGGGGGGUGUAUGGCGCGUAUGGAAACGAAAAAUCCAAUCAUGCCAUAAAACUACUGAAAACUCAGCUCAUUACCAGCGCCCAUAUCGCAAAAGGUGGGCUGUUGCAUGGCCAGUCUCUGUGAUAUAAGAUGGCUACUAACCUAAAAUAAAUAGCCUACGUUCAUAUUAACUUUAAUUUCAAUUUUUUGCCUACUAAAUUAUAUACUCCAUAAUAUUCUGCCUCACAUUAGAAAAAUUAAACCCAUUAUUUUAACAGCUGCAACAGGCUGUGUGAAACGGACUUGGGAGCAAUAAAAAAUACUAAGCAAAAAGCCAUAAAUAGGCUUACUGUGAAAACCUACAAUCGUAGCUUACAGGCUUUCAACCGGUCUCUGUAGGAUGAUGGCACUAUUAGUGCUGGGCUAGGAUUAAAAUUUUUAAUCGCAUGAUUUUGAAUAAUGAUUUCUAAAGUAGUGUGUUGCGCACUUUUAAUUUAAAUGUACUGCUAUAUACACAAAAUAACAAUAACAUGUGGUUUGCAAACAAAUAAGGUGCUUUUUACCAGCAAUAUUCCCUUUAC